UGGACACACACGUGUGCACUGUGGUGUCCCGAGGUUUUCCCAUGCCCUGGUGUCUGCGGAGCCAGGAGGACGCCGGGGGGGCUGCAAAGAUGCAGGGGGGACACACAGGGCGUUAGGAGAACCUUCAGGAGGUGGCCCUGUCCCCAUCCCGCUGGGACACAGCUUUCCCUGCCUCCCUGCAGGAGCACACGCACUGGGGGGGCUCGAGAUGUAUCCAGGCUGGGGGUUCCCUGGGGGGCACCCACACCUGGGCUGCCCCCACUGUGGGGGGGACAAUAUUUGCCCCUGUGGACUCGCCAUGCCCUAACACCCCGUGGCAGGAGGCCUGGGGAGGGAGCUUUUUUUUGGGGGGGGGGGACACCCCAGCCCCCAAGGUGACAAGAUCUGCAAAGCUUCUCCGGCUCCAUCCUCGCUGAGCCGCCCGUGGGUACCCCGGUAUCCAUGGCGAUGGGAGGAUGCCCCCCCCUCCGCCCCCCCAGCCGCUGCCGCAGCCGCAGCCGGCGGUGACGGUGGCACGGGAGCGAUGCUCGGCGCUGGAGACCCCCGGCCGGAGGAGAGCUGGAGCUGGAGCCCCCCGGCCCCAUGCAGGCGCUGCGGAACCCGGAGCCCGGCGGGGAGCCUUCCAAUGGCAGCUGGGCCAACGCCAGCGAGAGCCACCUCCUGAAGGAGAACUACACCUUCUUGGCCUACUACCAGCACUCCUCACCCGUGGCCGCGGUGUUCAUCCUGGCCUACACCUUCAUCUUCCUCAUGUGCAUGAUUGGCAACAUCCUGGUGUGCUUCAUCGUGGUGAAGAACCGCCAGAUGCGGACGGUCACCAACAUGUUCAUCCUCAACCUGGCCAUCAGCGACCUGCUGGGUGGCCCUUUGACAACACCAUGUGCAAAAUGAGCGGCCUGGUGCAGGGCAUGUCUGUCUCAGCCUCGGUCUUCACGCUGGUGGCCAUCGCUGUGGAGAGGUUUCGCUGCAUCGUCCACCCCUUCCGGCAGAAGCUGACGCUGAGGAAAGCCCUGGUGACCAUCGCUGUCAUCUGGGUGCUGGCCCUGCUCAUCAUGUGCCCCUCCGCCAUCACCCUGACCGUCACCAGGGAGGAGCACCACUUCAUGGUGGACACCUACAACAACUCCUACCCCCUCUACUCCUGCUGGGAGGCCUGGCCCGAGACUGAGAUGAGGAGGAUCUACACCACCGUCCUCUUCUCCCACAUCUACGUGGCCCCCCUGGCCCUCAUCGUUGUCAUGUACACCCGCAUCGCCUUCAAGCUCUUCAAGUCGGCGGCGCCCGCUCACGGCGCCCGGCCCGAGGAGCCUGAGGGGAGGAAGGUGUCUCGCAGGAAGGCGAAGGUCAUCAACAUGCUCAUCAUCAUGGCCCUCUUCUUCACCCUCUCCUGGCUGCCCCUCUGGACGCUGAUGCUGCUGAUGGACUACGGGUGCCUCAGCGAGCGCCAGCUCCGCCUGGUCGCCGUCUAUGUCUUCCCCUUCGCCCACUGGCUGGCCUUCUUCAACAGCAGCGCCAACCCCAUCAUCUACGGCUACUUCAACGAGAACUUCCGACGGGGCUUCCAGGAGGCCUUCAGGGCCCCUUUCUGCUCGCCACCGCGUCGGCGCCACCGCGGGCCCUACGGCGCCCGCAACCGCGUCUUCACCCUGGCCCGGGCCAGCGACUCGCCCCCGCACUCCGAAUCGGGGCCCCUGGCGCCUCGCCGAACCGGCGUCCCCGCUUGGGAUGGCUGAGCAGCCAUGGCCACCACCCUGCCUGGUCACCAUGGGGCCCGGUGGGGACAUCAUGCAUGACACUCUGGUACAGAGGAACCCCAAUGUUGUCAUGGUUUGGUGGCCUUGAUGUGGGGCAUGAACUUCCAACCCAAGGGCUUGUUGUGGGGAGGAAUGAGGAUUAAAAUAAAUGCACGUCUUGCUGAUGCCAUGUCCCCGAGUCCCACCGGUGUCCCCCCUUUACCCGGUCCCUGCCCCACAGCAGCGGAGAGAAGGUGUGUGAGAGUGGCCAUGCCAGGAGAAACCAUGCCAUGCUGUUGAUGCCAUGUGAUGCCGUAUCUUGCUAGACCAUGCCAUCCCAUGCUGAGGCGGCCUUGGUGGACCACACAACACUGCGGCAGCCUUGGUGGACCAUGCCAUGCUGUGGUGGCCUGGGUGGACCAUGCCAUGCUGUGGUGGCCCUGGUGGCCCACGUCAACCCAUGCUGUUGAGGCUAUAGUGUGCCAUGCUGUGGUAGGCUUGGUGGACUGUGCCACCCCAUGCUGUGGUGACCUCGGUGGACCAUUCCAUGCUUUGGUGGCCCUGGUGGACCACGCCAUA